AUUAAGCCGACGGGACAACGGCAAAACCACCUCGCCAGCUGCUUAGUCAUAUCCCCAAGGCAGCUGCUGAUCUUCAAUGCUUAAAUGCACCAAACUCAAGAUAAACCCUCAAAUCAAUCGCAGUUCUCAGAUAGCAUCGUCAUCACCAUCAUACUCGCCACUCACAAUCAUGCUCCAACCAAUCCGUACGACCUUUCGAAGCGCCGCCCAGGGCGCCCGCUUAUUCUCCACAUCACGAGGCCUCCGAACAGACCUGUCCUACCAGGUGUUUGGGCCCGAGAAAGCCGAUGUUAUUGAUCGGAGUCCUAUCAUCUUCCUUCAUGGACUGUUCGGCUCGAAGCAAAAUAAUCGGGGUAUUAGCAAAGCACUGGCACGUGAUCUGAAACGUGAGAUCUUCACUGUGGAUCUCCGCAAUCAUGGCCAAUCUUUCCACGCCCAGGAACACAACUACUCCGUCAUGGCCGAAGACGUGAUCAAGUUCAUCCAGCAGCUGAAGCUAGACAAGGCCGUUCUGAUCGGCCACUCGAUGGGCGCCAAAACCGCCAUGACAGUUGCCCUCGAUUCACCCAAGUUAGUCUCGGCUCUUGUACCGGUUGACAACGCCCCCGUGAAUGCACCCCUGAAAAGCGAUUUCGGCCUCUACGUUCGUGGCAUGCAGCAUGUCGAGGCUGCUAACGUGACGAAGCAGUCUGAGGCUGAUGAGAUCCUCAAGGGAUAUGAGGAAUCCCUCCCCAUCCGCCAAUUCCUCCUUACCAAUUUGGUCCGUUCGACAGAAGAUCAAACCAUGAAAUUCCGGGUCCCGCUUGCCGUCCUCGGCGAAGCCAUCCCUGGUAUGGCUGACUUCCCGUACCGGGAGCCGGGGUCUGUCUCGUAUGAGGGCCCUACGCUGUUUGUGAGGGGCACGAAGAGCAGAUAUGUGAGCGAUGAGUCAGUGCCGACGAUUAAGAAGUUCUUCCCCAACGCCCGUGUUGCGGAUGUGGAGGCCGGGCAUUGGUUGAUUUCGGAGAAUCCGGAAGGGUUCAGGCAAGCUGUUCUGAAGUUCCUUCAGGAGGCUCCUUGAUUGAUUGCUACAGUCAUGCUUGGUUUGAUGGAUGGAUGUAUAGACAGACAAGACAGAACUGACUCAGACUCCACUUGUACAUUCUUGCUUAUGUGCAGGUCCCUUCUCCCCCUACCCCCCGUGACCUUGAAAAGAAAAAAAAAGAAAAGACUAUUGAACAGAAGAAAGUAAGAGAGGUCUGGGCUUAUGGCGCCCAGGACCACAAAAGAGUGGAGGAGAAAAUAAAGAAAAAGAAUUAUUGACAAAGGGGAUAUCCAGCAGAAUUGAAACCAACUUUUCCUUCUUCUUUCUUCAGACUAACGACUGAUUCAUAACAUUCGUAAUCUCGUGAUGUGUAUUGCUUCAAAUUGCUCCCUCCAGGGGGGUCACCUUUAGCUUUAUACACCUACAA